AUGGCGACGCUCUACGACGACGUCAGCGGGUCGCGCUACCUCUCAUCAUCCAUCUCGUCGCUCUCGACGUCACGGCAACAGUCGUCGCAGAUGGCCAAAGCCUACCGACAGGCUGCCCAGCUGUUCCUGACGCGACGCCUCCCCGAGGCGCUGUCGACCAUCGAGCCCAUCAUCAGCCCGCCGCCAAUCGACGCGGCCGACGUCGUGGGCCACGCGCCCGUCGCGACGGCGUCGCGCGGCACCCGGGUCAAGGUGUGGAGCUUCUACCUCACCUUCCUCAACGCCGUGGUCGAGCUGGGCGCCGAAGAGGGCAAGCACGCCUUUGGCAGCACGCGAUGGAAGCACUUGGUCUCGCAGUGUCGCGACGGCAGCAUCUGGGACCACGUGGUCCGCGACGGCUAUGCGGGUGUCGAGGGCGACGUCGACGCCGACGUGGUCGUCAACCUCGCCACCCUCCUCCUUACCCAUGCGCCCUCGCAGCGGCUCAACCAGCAGAAGCUCGAGACGUACCUGUCCGCCACGGCCAACCCGGCCCCCGACGCCUCCGCACACCUGUCUGACACCCCGCGCGACCUGGAAAAGCGCAUCAAACUCCUCGAGCUCUACACCCUGCACGUCCUGCCACGCAACGACGAAUGGGACUAUGCCCGCGACUUCAUCGACAUGUCCGAGGUGCUGGACCAAGAGCGCAAGGAAGCCUUCCUGCUCGCACUGCACUCUCUCAAGGAAGAAAAGGAAGACACGCAAGCCCGCGAAGAGAAGCUGCGCCAGCAACAACAGGAGCAAAUGGACCAGCGCCGCAGAGAAACCGAGGCCCAGCGCCUCGACCAGGCGCGCGCACAAGACGAACGCCGCAUACGCGAGGAACAAAACAGACGCCAACCCCGCGCCUCAGACGAGCCACAACCCACGCCAUCGCAGUCUUCCCGCACCUCCCGAACGCCCGCCAAGAAACCAGCCACGCCGCCGCCCGGCCUCUACAACCGCGCGUCUACCAUGUUCGCAAACAUGCACACCCUGAUUUCCGAUACGGCCCAUCACAUGACUUCCAAUCCCAUGGCUUUCUUCCGUACCUUACUUUUCUUCUUGGCGUUUGGCUUGGCGUUUGGCAGGCGCCCUCUUAGAGAGAGGAUACUACGCAUCAUACGGAGUGCGUGGGACAAGGUGAGACGUACCGUAGGAAUGGGCGUCAAGGUUUCCUACAUCUAA